GUCCACCCAUCACACGCACAACGGCACAAACGAACCUACCAUACCAAACAGCCACGCAUCCCUCGCCCCUCUGCGCUCCUCUCUCUCUCUCUCCGUCUCUGUGCCGUCGUCGCCAUUUGUUGUUCCUCUUCACCGGAAAAGUUCUGUCGUAGUAAAGAGAGGAAAAGGAGGGGGAAGCAGUAGAGUGCCAUCCGCCCACCGUCCACGUGGCGCGGCGGUUGCUGCGGCGGCGGCGGGCGCCGGAGAUGUGAGAGCCGCCGUGCCGUUGGAGAUGGCGGCGGCGGCGGGGGCGGGGGGCGGGGGAGAGGGGAAGAAGCGGGGCGCGUCGCGGAGCUGGAUCCUGUUCGACGCGGCCGGGGAGGAGCGGGUGCUGGACGCGGACAAGUACGCCAUCAUGCACCGCGUCGACAUCAACGCGCGCGACCUCCGCAUCCUCGACCCGCUGCUCUCCUACCCCUCCACCAUCCUCGGGCGCGAGGGCGCCAUCGUCCUCAAUCUUGAGCAUAUAAAGGCGAUCAUUACUUCCGACGAGGUUUUGCUUAGGGAUCCUUCUGAUGAGAAUGUAAUCCCUGUAGUAGAGGAGCUCAGGAGGCGCUUGGCACCUUCAAAUGCCACUCAACGUGAUUUAAAGGAGAACUCUAGUGGCCAGCACGAUGUGGAAGGGGAAGAAGAAGACGAAUCUCCCUUUGAGUUUCGUGCGCUGGAGGUUACUCUGGAAGCAAUCUGCAGUUUCCUUGAUGCACGCACUACGGAGCUGGAGACUGGUGCUUACCCAGCUUUGGAUGAAUUGACAUCCAAGAUCAGCAGCCGCAACUUGGAUAGGGUGCGGAAGUUAAAAAGUGGCAUGACGAGCUUGACUGCGAGGGUUCAGAAGGUGAGAGAUGAGCUUGAACAAUUAUUGGAUGAUGACGAUGACAUGGCCGAUCUUUACUUGUCUAGAAAGUUGGCUGGGGCGUCGUCCCCUGUCAGUGCUUCGGGUGGACCAAAUUGGUUCCCAGCAUCCCCAACUAUUGGUUCAAGAAUAUCAAGAGUGAGCAGAGCCAGUGCCGCAACUAUACAUGGAAAUGAGAAUGAUGUGGAAGAGCUAGAAAUGUUACUGGAGGCAUAUUUCAUGCAAAUUGAUGGCACACUAAACAAAUUGACAACGCUGAGAGAGUAUAUUGAUGACACAGAAGAUUACAUCAAUAUCCAGCUUGAUAACCACCGUAAUCAGUUGAUUCAGCUAGAGUUAUUCUUGAGUUCUGGGACCGUCUGUCUGUCACUUUACUCAUUAGUUGCUGGAAUCUUUGGUAUGAACAUACCAUACACCUGGAACGACAACCAUGGAUACGUCUUCAAAUGGGUGGUUCUUGUAUCAGGGCUUUUUUGUGCGUUUAUGUUCAUCUCCAUUGUUGCUUAUGCGAGGCAUAAGGGUCUCAUUGGGUCUUGAAUGACUGAAAUAACCACAUUACUUGCUUCCCUCGACAGUAAAUUUGAGCUAGAGAGCAUCAACUUUGUCGGAUGAUUAAUCUCUUAUACCAAAUUCAUCAUUAUCAAAUUGGGGAUGAUGAAUAGAAACAUAAAUAGAAAAGAAGUAAUUCAAAAGAAAUAUAUGAUAAGUGUCUUCUACUUGUUACAAGGACAUCAAGACGACUCAUAAACGUCUUCAACAAUUGCUCUCUCCAGUGAUUAUUCUUGCAGAGUUCACUUAAAAUGCAUUCAUAUUGUAUUGUUUUAUGCAGAAUAUACUAGUGUAACUAUCAUGACAAAUCUAGCAUUUUCGUUUAUAUUUGUGGUUAAAAUUGAUGGCACGUAAAAAACUAUGUAAAUGUACACUUUUUCAACCAUGGUCUAUGUGUGCUGGCACUUUAUGUUUUUAUGUACGUCAUGUAUCUUUUGUUCUUGUUGA